UACGUCACUUUCCUUUUCCGCCGCGGCUCUGGCGCUUGAAGCACGAGUGUUCAUCUUUUCUCUCUUUACGGGAGACGUAGUGAACAUACUGGACAGAGUGGCAACACAUAGUUGACAAAAAUGAAACCCAUUCUGCUCCAGGGCCAUGAGAGGUCCAUCACUCAAAUCAAGUACAACAGAGAAGGAGACCUGCUGUUCUCUGUAGCUAAAGACACGGUAACCAACGUGUGGUACUCUGUCAAUGGUGAGAGGCUCGGCACCUACAAUGGACACACAGGAGCUGUGUGGUGUGUUGACUGUGACUGGGACACUAAAAAUGUAUUGACAGGAUCAGCAGACAACAGCUGUCGACUAUGGGACUGUGAGACCGGUAAACAGCUGGCCCUGCUCCACACCAACUCUGCUGUUAGAACGUGCGGCUUCGACUUCAGCGGCAACAUCAUCAUGUUCUCCACAGACAAGCAGAUGGGUUAUCAGUGCUACCUGAACUUCUUUGACCUGAGGGAUCCACAGCAGAUUGAAGACAACCAGCCCUAUCUGUCGAUACCCUGCAGUGACCACAAAAUCACCAGUGCUGUGUGGGGACCUUUGGGAGAGUUUGUUAUUGCCGGCCAUGAGAACGGCGAAUUCAACCAGUUCAGUGCUAAGUCUGGAGAGAUCCUGAAGAAGGCCAAAGAGCACACCAAGCAGAUCAAUGACAUCCAGACAUCAGUCGAUCUCACGAUGUUCAUCAGUGCGUCAAAGGACAACACUGCCAAGCUGUUUGACUCCACUUCUCUGGAUCACAUCAAGACUUUUAAGACAGAGAGACCUGUCAACUCUGCUGCCAUCUCCCCCAUUAUGGAGCAUGUGGUGAUGGGAGGUGGACAGGAAGCCAUGGAGGUCACCACUACCUCCACCAGGAUCGGCAAGUUUGAGGCCAGGUUCUUCCAUGCUGCCUAUGAAGAGGAGUUUGGAAGGGUGAAAGGUCAUUUCGGCCCCAUCAAUUGUGUGGCAUUCCACCCUGAUGGCAAGAGUUACAGCAGUGGAGGAGAAGAUGGAUAUGUAAGGAUUCAUUACUUUGACCCACAGUACUUUGACUUUGAGCUGGAGGCAUAAACAGUCAGGCUCCUGAACCCCACAGCUUCAACUACCAUCGCAUUCAGCCCAGUCAGGAAGAGGGAGUAUUGGACUAGAGUCACAGUCAGCUUACUUCAAAUAAAGAAGUGGUCACAAGAGUUUUGUGACUGCAUCUCAGUGACAAGAGUGUGGUGUUUUUUUAAAAUCAUUUUUGUAGCAUUGCUUGGAAACUGUCUCGGUGGGAUCAGAAGCAUAAGAGUUCCGAUUUUUGUACCCUGGAUCUGCAAAGCUAAUGUGACUGGACUUUAAGCCACACUCCCUGAUUCCUGAAGUUUAUUUAAUCUGAUUCUGCAACUAAGUGGAAUUUGAAUUAAUAACUGUUAAAAGCCAUUCCACCAUGAAAACUCAUUAAAUUACUUAUUGAAGUCA